AUGUCUGGUGAAGACGAUUUAAAAAACCACUUCUCAAAUGAGGACUUUGGUAAGCAUGUCUCUGGAGCUGGCUCGGUAGAAAGAGUUGAGCUAUCACGAUGGCAGCGAAUCAAGGACUCGUUUAAGGAGGCAGAUUUGUCAGGAAUCGAUACUACUAAUAUGACCGACGUUGAGAAGGCUGCCAUUGCUACUGCCAAUUCUCCUUUACAACGUAGCUUAAAGGGCCGUCACCUGCAAAUGAUUGCUAUCGGUGGUUCCAUUGGUACUGGUCUGUUUGUUGGUAGUGGUAAAGUUUUAGCAGUCGGAGGACCAGCGUAA